AUGUUACAUUUGGAGUGUCAGUGGUACAGAAAUGUCUUGAAGGUCAUCCAGUUUAUGAUUUUCCUUGUGACAUAUCUAAUAGCCAUGAUUGGAAACUCCCUCUUAGUAUCGGUCUCCACUGUGGACUCUGCCCUUCAGACUCCCAUGCACUUUUUCCUCGGGAGUCUGUCCCUUGUGAAUAUUGGUUGCACCACUGUCAUCAUCCCCAAAAUGUUCACCAAUUUCCUGUCCAAGAAUAAAAGUAUUUCCUAUGGUGGCUGUGCAGCUCUAUUGUAUUUCUCCUUCUUUUUUGGGCCCUCAGAGUGUUGGAUCCUGACCACGAUGGCUUAUGACAGACAGGCCACCAUCUGUGACCCAUUGCACUAUACACUCAUUAUGAACAGGAGGCACUGUCUGCAGCUGGCCCUGGCUUUCUGGAUAUCAGGGAUUCCAGUGGCAACAGUACAGACAGUAGUGAUGUUUAUAAUGCCCUUCUAUGGACCUAAUGUAAUUAACCAUUUCUUCUGUGAUAGCCCUCCUCUCCUAGACCUGGUGUGCAUGGAAACCUUUGUGAUUGAGACAGACUUUGGAGGCAAGGCUUUUGAAAACUCAAAAUUCCUACAAGCUCAGGCAAACACAUUUCUCGAUGAAUUUCAGGUCAUCCUGUUUAUGAUUUUCGUUGUGAUAUACCUAAUAGCCAUGAUUGGAAACACCCUCUUAGUGUUGGUAUCCACUCUGGACCCUGCCCUUCAAACCCCCAUGUACAUUUUCCUCAGGAAUAUGUCCCUUAUGGAUAUUGGCUAUACCACUGUCAUCAUCCCAAAAAUGCUCACCAAUUUCCUGUCCAAGGAUAAAAGUAUUUCCUUUGAAGGUUGUGCAUCCCAGAUGUAUUUCUCCUUCUUUUUCGGGUCCUCAGAGUGCUGGAUCCUGACAAUGAUGGCUUAUGACAGACAGGCUGCCAUCAGUGAUCUUCUCCACUAUUCGCUCAUCAUGAACUGGAGGUUCUGUCUGCAGCUGGCCCUGGCUUCCUGGCUAGCAGGGAUUCCCGUGGCAACAGUACAGACUGCAGUGAUAUUUACAUUGUUCUUCUAG